AUUAUUAUUUGUUUGUAUUAAUAAAAUUAAGUUGGUUCCUAAGUACAUUUUUAAAUAUUGAAAAACACUGUGACAGGUGUUCCUGUAUAUUAUAAAUACCGAAUGGCUGCUGCCAGGCUACAUACAGUAAGUACAUGCAUUAUGUAAAGUCAUUUUUUACACAUGUAAAUACUUUUUUAGGUAGAGGAGUAAGUAAUCACCGACUUGGGCAAAACAAAAAUAAACAAAACAAAAAAAAUAAACAUUUUAUUUUUAUACAGACGAAUCCGUAAGUAUAUUUAUAGGUUAAUAAACUAUUUGUAAAUAACUGUAGUAUUUGUACACCUCUUUGGGGUUCUAUAGUUUUUAUUAGGAGUCUGUAUUACAAACUAUAGUGUGCAUUUAAUAGUUGAUGGGAUUGUAAUUUCUUGAACAACAGUGGCUUCGUUUUUAGUACUUGUGAUGUGAGCGGUUUUAUUCUGACAUUGCACUGUACAGCACACUGAGUAAGAACGAAAUGAAAGAAACGGGGCAUAUUACAAGCAGACAAUAUUUAUUAAAACAGAAUGGUUCGCGUUUGGCAGAAAUAAAGUCAUAUAUUAUAGAAGGUUAGAAUGACAACUUCAGGUUUUUACAAAGCAAAACAUAAAUUCACCUUUACCAGUGGUAAUAAAAACAUGAAAUAAUCUUUCUCAGUAACUUUGGUGACAUCUACUGUUAUGUAUAACAAAAUCAACAAAGCUUGCAGACUGGUUGCCUUUCCAACAUGUUGAUUGACCCAACUAGAGUUAAAUGAUGGUUAUACCAUCUUUACAAUUAUUUCCUUUAAAGUAUUUGUUUGUGACAAAAGUAUUGCCACCCCUGCUUUAGUAUUUUGUGAGCCCUCCUUUUCUUUUUAUUAUGGCUUUCAGACAUUUUAUGAUAAUUCAGCCAGUAAGUUACAUCUUGCUGGUGAAGCCUGAGUACAUUCUGUUUUGCUUAUUUCCUUCAAUUCAGACAGAUUGGAUACACAAUGCUUGGCUACAGCUUUUUUCAGAUCAGUCCAAAGCAUUUCUAUUGGAUUGAGGAGUGGUGAUUUGCGAAGGCCAUUUCUAGAACCUGUGUUUUGUUUUCUUCAAGAAUUCCACAGUUGACAACAAUAUGCUUUGCGUGGUUGCCGUGUUGGAAGUUGAGCGGAUGGUGUCAUUGUACUUUUUAAUAGAGGAAAUGAACCUUUAGGAAGCCUUUGGCUAUAUAACUUGUGUGUUACACCAAGUGUUCAGCCUACGUUACAGUGCAGGAGGGUGUGCUCAAAACUGUAACGCACGUAGUGUGGACUAUGCCUUGUAUGCCUGCUGUGGAGAAUACGAAUGGUUAGAUGGCAAUUGUUUGCAUCAAGGUAGUACUCCGUCAUCAAGAUUAAGCAAAAGAUUGCAGUAUUAUCUAGUAAAGUUUUUAAUCAAAGUAAAUAAGUUAUUUUUUUAAUGUGUCUAAAAUCUUACAUCAGUUAUGAUAAAUAAGAGACUUUUUGCCAAGAUGCAUAUAACCUGUGUAUCUUAUAAUAUUUUUCAAGAAAUGUUUUUUAUAUUAUUCUAACAUAUUUUCCCAUUUGUUUUGUAGUGUUUGCUGAGGUGUGUCUGACUCCAGUGAUAUGGUAAUGUUUAGCAAAUGGCUAGGAAUGGAAGCUCACCCGACGACCUGCAGUGAUUUGCCAAUGAGUGGCGAAGGCAUUGAUAUAGGGGUACCUUCCCUCCAAAAGGCGGGGUAUUUGGGAAAAAAUCUAGAGCGAUUUCAAUUGGAAGCUGAAGAUAACUGUCCUUUAUGUGCUGUAAAGGGACGGACGCAAGCUUUACAAGUAUACCGCAUCAAUCUUCAGGAGUCCAUUGCUCUUUGUGGAAAUCCACAGUGCAUCUUUCCCCUUGGAUGUAAACCCCUGGCUGAUGUUUUGAUAUCCGGCAGCGCAAAAGGGAAGUUGGCACAGUCUAAGGCAAAGAGAAAACACAUCUGCACCAGCCCUGGGAAUACACAAAUUGACCUUCCAUCAAAGCAUCGCAGGAGCGCAGAGGAAAUCAAUACAGAGGAGAAACCAAAGUCUGUUUUUGAAACGCCAGUAAAUGGUUUAGCUUGUGAACCAAGUGCAGUUAGUUUAGGCAACAGGCAGCUUUCUGGACCUUGCUUGUUAAAAGAGAAUCAUCAUGAAGUUAAUGGGGUGGUCGAUUCACUGAAAACAAAUGAGGACGUCGCUCAGAAACACAAUCUUAAUAUGACUGCAUGCAUCCUUGGCAAGGAAGAACCCCCCUCUGUUGAAGAUGAUCUAGGGGAGCUUGCUGAGAUAAAUCAAGAAGAAUGGGUUCCUGUGCCUCGCUGUUUGUACUGGAAGAACAAGCAUGCACUCUGCUGGCUAGACUGUUUAAUGGUGGCUUUGGUCCAAUCAAGAGCUGUGAAAGAAUGUGUCAUAAAUCUGAACACCGAGUCUGCAAUCAAGAGGUUAUGCACAGUGUACGAGAAAGCGUGUACACUUUUAACGGAGCAAGGAAAGGAAAACGAAGAUGGAGUCAUUCAGGCCCUUUCAGGAACAGUUGCUCUGGCAUACAGUUAUCUGGAUGACAUCAGACUUUCUCUCUUCAAUCUUCUGCAACCUAAGCUACGCUGUACAUUAGGAGAACAAGAAAGCCCAGUAUUUGCUCUGCCACUGUUUCUGAAGCUAGAUCCUCAGACGGAAGAGCUGUUUAAGCACACAUACUCCUGGAAGUUUGAGUGUUCUGUGUGUGGAUACACCUCCCAGGACAGGUGUGAGAAGACGCUCACAACAUUUACAGAUAUUGUUCCAGAGUGGCAUCCUCAAAACGCAGUUCAUCGCUCACCCUGUAAUAAAUGUAAUCGGAAGUUACAGAGGAGGAGGAUGGUAUUGGAACGGAUAUCCUCUGUCUUCAUGCUGCACUUUGUCGAAGGACUGCCUCAUAAUGAUGUAAAUGCCUAUUCAUUUGAUUUCCAAGGGAAGUUGUAUAAAGUGUCCACUGUAAUUCAGUACAGUGAAGACCCGAAGCACUUUGUUUCCUGGAUAUCUAACACUGAUGGUUCCUGGCUUGAAUGCGAUGAUUUAAAAGCCCCAGCCUGCUGUGUUCACGAGCAGUUGGAGGUAUCUCCUUGUGAAAUACAUAUCGUCUUUUGGGAAACAAAUGGUGAAAGCACUCGCAAGGAACCCCAAACCAAGGACAACUUUUUGGAACCCGUUCUUAAAGUGCCUGAAAAACCUGAGGAUUCUGGCGCAGAAUGUAACCCACAUGAAUUAUCACUGCCCUCCCAAGAAGCAGAGAUUGAUAUUACAGAGACCCCUUCUGUUAACACCAACAUAAACAACAGUAUUGAAAACAGCUGUAACAGUAGCUAUCUGCAGAGUGCGUUUGAGGGUCUAUCACCAGAGGAUGUCAUUACACUUACUCUUGUAGAGGUUGAUCCUGUAGGAAAACUGUCGGACAGCUCCCAGAUUACAGACCCUGUAAAACUGAGUGAACAGAACAAAUCACCAAACGGGAACCAGGUGUUAGAAGAUCAAUCACAGGUAAUGGCUGCAGAUGAUGCUUACUUCGAUGACACUGACAGUCUGUUGGAUAACUGCAGUGGUGGUACUCUUACUGCAGAAUCUGUCUGUACAACUCGGAAGGCAAGCCCGAAAACUCUUACUGCACCAAGCACCCCAAAGACAGCUGUAAGGCGCCCAUCUCGUUCAAUCACUAACACUGCAGGUUCUCCAAAGAGUCCUUCACCUACUCCUCUGGCUUCAACUCCAUUGUUGGUGGGUGGUAAAACCACUACACCUAUUUCCUCAUUUAGCAAUGGAUAUGCUGUUUCCACAGCUGUGAAUGGAAACAAAAGCAGCGGAGCACUAUGGACCAGUAGUUUACUGAAGAAGCACCCGUCAUUGGCGCCCUUAAAUGCUUUAUUGAGUAAGCAUCCUUUACUUCCAUCUACCAGUCAAGUGCAUUUAAACCGUAAUAAAGAUAAACGCGAGCUGCAAAAGGUUUCAGCAGUCGUCUCUGAUGUCCAGGUACCAGUAAAAGGAGCAGAUAAGUUUGGUGGCUUUAGAUCUAAAGGCCUCACGAAACCAGGGACUGACUCAGCGAACUUGACCAGAGCACAAGAUGUCAACAAAGGGGAUUCCAUAAAGCCUGCUGCAGAAAAACUCCCAUGUGCAGAACCUGUAAACCUGGCCAUAAGCAAGAACAAAGGUAUUCCUACUUCUACAGCCACUGCUGCUCCACCUUGUAAUGUUUACAAACUGGAACCCAGUAAGCCAGCGGAAAAGAAAACCCUAGCACUUGAAGGUCUUGAAAAGACAGACAAGCUUCGCUACAAGCUCCUGAAAAAGCUCAAAGCAAAAAAGGAGAAGCUGGCGUCGCUCAAUCGGUUGCUGACCACUCCACAGGCGGUUCCAGAUGGGAGGGCCGGGCCCUUAAGAACUGCCAGCGACUCCACAGCUCGCUUUAAUAAAAGCAGCAAAAUGCAACGACUUGACAGUACAGACAGCGAGUCUGUGUAUACUGCUAGCGCAAGCACUUCCUUGUGCAGCAGCCCAAGUUAUGAUGAGUUCUUUGCCGACCUCUUAUCUCCUGCUACAACAACUGGCACUGCGUCUCCUGACGAUGCAAACGCAGUGAUGCUGGAGGCACUGGCAAGUGAACAGAACAAUGGAGGGCUUGCAGACGGUACUAGCAUGGACCACAACUGUUAUAACUUCACCCCUGUGGUGCAACCUCAGGCUUAUACCCCUAAGACUCGCUGUGCUGAAGAAAGCUUCUUUAGUCCCGCAAAAGAAGAUCUUUUCUCGGAACUCCUGUCAACCUCAACGUUGCAGUCUUACGGAGUUGAAAGUGAAGACCUUCAUCAUUUUGAUGAGAACUUUUUUUGAAGUGUUGGGAUGUGUGUAGAUGCUUUAGGUAAUGUGGGUUUUGUUAUAAGUUAUUGCCACUCAGCACUACACAUGCUUUGUUAGAGUGCACAACUUGAAUAAAUGAGCAUUUCAAAUAUUGGUACAUAUGUUAAUAGCCAUUGCUUUUUGUAUAUUACAAAAUGUUUUAUAUAUGUGACAGAUGAAGAUGGUAAUUGUGUUUGUUCAUCGUGUUAGGUUAACUUCUUUUAUAAUCUCAUUCUGAACAUGGUUGCAUGUUUGUCAUGCUAAGCUGAUGUAAAACAGUUGCCAUUGAUCGCAAUAAGAUGGUGUCUGCUAGAAUGAAGUGGCCCAGUGAUCCCACACUAUUUUUAUACAUUUUCUUGUAUAGAUGUUUGUUUAGAAAGUGUGUGGCUCAUGUGACUUGUGAAACUAGACAUUCUCAAUGGUGGGUGAAUGAAUCAUCCUUCAGAAUAAAAUUGGACUUAAUCCCUA